AGCUUCAGCACACAGCUGUGUGAGUGAGAGAGAAAGAGAAAGAGAGAAAGAGAGAAAGAGAUAAAGAGAGAGAGACCCCACAGCAACAAACUUCUACAGAACUCCACUCCUGCGACCGCCACUCUUCUCCUCCGUCCGCACAGCCUCUCCACAGCGGAGCACCAGCUGCCUCCGCCCCGCCCUCCUCCUCCACCACCACAACACCAGCGAGAAGACCGUCGUCCCGCGCGUUCGUCCUCGUCCUCCUCCUCCUCCUCCACCACCACCACCUCCACUUCCGCAACGCCAUGCCGAAGAGCACGCUUUUGAGGCUGCUGGCCCCGGGGAUGAUGAUCACGGUGCUGCUCCUGCUCCUGGCCCCGGGCUGGGCGGGGGCCCAGAGCCCGCGGGACCCGCGGAAGAAGGCGCCGGGGCCGGCGGCGGCGCUGAAGGCCAGCGCCAAGGGCCAGUGCUGCGAGGACGUGCGGGCGCUGAAGGUGCAGGUGGCCAACCUGAGCAGCCUGCUGGAGGAGCUGGCGCGCGCGCAGGACGCCGCCGCGCGCCAGAUGCGGGACCUGGACGGCCGCAACCGCGUCCAGGAGGCCCGCGUGACCGAGGCCGAGAGCAAGUACUCCGAGAUCAACAACCGCGUGGACAUCAUCCAGCUGCAGGCCUCCCAGUCCCUCACCCAGACCUCCUCGGAUGCCAUCUAUGACUGCGCGUCGCUGUACAGCAGGAGCUACAAGAUCUCCGGAGAGUACAAGCUGCCAGCCGACGGGUUCCUGGGCACACCGGAGCUGGAGGUGUUCUGUGACAUGGAGAGCGACGGCGGCGGCUGGACGGUGAUCCAGCGGCGCAAGGUGGGCCUGACGUCCUUCGACCGCGACUGGAAGCAGUACAAGAAGGGCUUCGGGGCCGUGCGCGGCGACUUCUGGCUCGGCAACGACAACAUCUUCCGCCUGACCAGGCAGCCCACCGUGCUGCACGUCGAGCUGGAGGACUGGGAAGGCGAGGUUCGCCACGCGGAGUACAAGUACUUCACCCUCAGCAACGAGCUGAACAGCUACAAGCUGUUCAUCGCGGGCUACAGCGGCAACGCGGGCCAGGACUCGCUGCGCUACCACAACAACACCAACUUCAGCACCAAGAACAAGGACAACGACAAGUGCGUGGACGACUGCGCCCAGCUGCGCAAAGGAGGCUACUGGUACAACUGCUGCACCGACUCGAACCUGAACGGGGUGUUCUACCGCUACGGGGAGCACACCCGAAACACCGACGGCAUCACCUGGUACGGCUGGCACGGGCCCAACUACUCCCUCAAACGGGUGGAGAUGAAGAUCCGACCACAGAACUUUCAACCGUAGAGACUCUGGGGGAAAAACUGGGGAGGACCACCCUACCUGCCCCGCCCCCC